CAGGAGUGGGUGUUCCUGGCGUCCAAUCACAGGCAGGAGUGCAUUAGGAAGUGCCUGGGGCUCCGGCAAGAGAGACGGGGAAGAGGCUGGAGCUGCAGCCAGAAACACUGCUGGGUUCUGUGGCCGUGCGAUCACACAGAGUUGGCCUCCAUGGGUGGGCGAGUGAGCACAUCUGGCAGCUCCCCGGGCCUGCACUGCACCACGGAGAACGCGGACUGGAUGUCGGCGCUGUGCCCGCAGCUCUGGGACGUGCCCCUCCACCACCUCUCCAUCCCAGGGAGCCACGACACCAUGACAUACUGCCUGGACAAGAAGUCCCCCAUUUCCCACAAUGAGUCACGGCUGCUGCAGUUUCUGGGCAAGACCCUGCCAUGUGUCACUCUCCCCGUGGUGCUGAAGUGGUCCAUCACCCAGGUGCUGACCGUCACGGAGCAGCUGGACGCUGGGGUGCGGUACCUGGACCUGCGGGUCGCGCACAUGGAGGAGGGCUCCGAGAGGAACCUGCACUUCGUCCACAUGGUGUACACGACCGCGCUGGUGGAGGACACGCUCACGGAGAUCUCCGAGUGGCUGGAGAAGCACCCGCGGGAGGUGGUCCUCCUGGCGUGCAGGAACUUCGAGGGGAUGACGGAGGACCUGCACGAGUAUCUGGUCACCUGCAUCAAGAACAUCUUUGGGGACAUGCUGUGUCCCCGAGGGGAGGUGCCCACGCUGCGCCAGCUGUGGUCGCGGGGCCAGCAGGUCCUGCUGUCCUACGAGGACGAGACGUCCGUGAGCCGGCACGUGGAACUGUGGCCCGGGAUCCCUUACUGGUGGGGGAACCAGGUGAAGCCCCAGGACCUCAUCCGCUACCUGGAGCACAUGAAGAGCUGCGGCCGCCCAGGCGGGCUGUUCGUGGCCGGCAUCAACCUGACGGAGAACCUGGAGUACAUCCUCGCGCACCCGACCGCGUCCUUGCGGAAGCUGACGCUCCCCAGCCUGCCGUACCUGGGCGCGUGGGUGCGGGAGCAGUGCCCGGGGCCGGGUGCACGGUGCACAAACAUCAUCACCGGCGACUUCAUCGGGGCGGACUCGCUCGUCAGCGACAUCAUUAGACUCAACCAGAAGCUGCUUCAGGGCUGACGGUGCGACCUGUUCGAGCUCAGCACGCGGAGCUGCCACGGCUGCUCCUCCACCCCAGGCGGUCGGCCCCGGCGUUCCCCCGCACUUGGGUGAGGAGAGCGGGUCCCGCCAGGCGGGCGGGGCCCUCGGUGCCUCCCGGCCCUCUGUCUCGGUGUCUCUGGGGUGCAGUCAGCACGUCAGGUGGAGAUUAAAGGUGAUUGCACGAUCGCA